UUAUCUAGUUCGCUCUAUUAGUAGAAAUUGCAAUUUUUUCAGUAAUGUUUAUUGAUGAAGUCACAAAAUGUAACACAAAGGAAUUCACUGUUAGAAAUAUAUGAAAAGAAUCCCUUAUUUAAAUUUUCACGUUCUCCUAAUGCGUAUGUAUAGCUAGGGCUGUGACAAAUGUUGACUGUAAAGCGUUAUUCAUUUUGUGUUUAACCUAUUGGGACUGAACUUGUGAGCUGUGUUACAUUUUAGUUGUGCAAAAUGGCUAACAUUUUUGGAAGAAUAAUGAAAAUUGCCAAGAAGAAACUUGGGCUAAGAAAAAAAUGUAAAGUCACCUCUGUAGAUUGUGGAUCACAAACAAAUAAAUUGAUAGAAGAUAUAAACAUUCAAUCAAAUUCUCUUCCAGAAACACAUGAUUUAGAGUCACAAAUUAAGGAAGUUGAAGACAUUACAGUUCAGGCAUCUUUAUUAACAUCUGAGAAACUUACUCAGACUAAUACGGAACUAAUGUUUGAUGUGUCUGAAACGCAAACAGAAUUACUUAAUUCAUUAAAUUGUGAAACACAAACAGAGGUGUCAUUAGAAAAUAUUAUUUUAAAUACAAAAUUAUUUUAUGAGCCCCUAAAAUCAAUUCCAAAGUUAAAAAAUUAUAUACACACUGGUUCUCAGUGUUGUAUCUUAGAUACUAUAAAUGAACCUAUAAACUCUAUAAAGGAAUCAUCAUUAAAAGUAAAUAAUUUCGUUGAGGAUGGAGUUAUUCCUACAACAACUAAUGACAGCCAUGAAAUGUUUGAAAGGUAUGUCACAAAAGGACACUUAACCACUAAACAUAAAUUUGAACAGGAUUCUUGUAAUAAUGCUAGAGUUGUUGAAGAAUUUAAAAAGCAUGAUUUGCAGUCAUGUACUUCGUUGCCUUUAGAAGCAUCUAUGGAAGUUAAUGUGGCGUAUGAUUUGUCAAAUGUUAAAGUGGAUCGCAAUAAAAGAUACUUAAAUAAAGUUGUUGGGGACAAACCGCAAGGUGCAAAGGUCGACAAUGGACUACACAUAUAUACACUGGAAAAUAUUCCACAAUUAAAAUUAAGUGAUAAUUAUGUAUAUAGCAUGAGAGUGUUGUACUGUCAAGAAGAUUAUUUUUGCAUGACUAAAGUGAAAGAUGAAAAAAUGAUACGAUCUAUGGAGAAAAAAAUGAAUGCAUAUUAUAAACAGACACAAGAGUGUAAUUUUAAACCGCGACAUGAUGAGCUUUGUGCCGUUAAAUAUAGUGAUGGUAGAUGGUAUAGAGGAGUUUGUAUUGAUAUUGAAAAUAGUGUGGAUAGAAAUCAAUUUUAUAUUAUUAAUUUAAUUGAUUGGGAAGAAUCGGUUUCUGUAACAUCUUCUGAACUGCGUAGAUUGGAAACGUUUUAUAUGAAACACGCGCCUUUGGCAGUUAAAUGCAUCAUAUUAGAUUUCAAAUUAUCAAACGCUCAUAAAAAAAAUUUGCGUAAACUGGAGAAUAAUGAAUAUAAAUGCAAAAUUAAUUUAAGACUUAGCCCCCGUAACUUUUUAAUAUCUUCAAAAACAAUUCUAGACAUAUUACGUAAUCGUUAAAAUUAUUGAUAUUUUCUUAUAUAUUAUAUUUUUUUGUUCAGUAGUCA